AAUAGACUCCCCCCUACCGCCGCCCCAUCCCCGCUCCCGUGGCCGCCAACCCAUCCGCCGUCAACAACACACCAUCGCGCUGCCACCACCGCCGCCGCCGACGAUCGUCCGCCAAUGCACUUUCCCACUUUUCGUGCGCGUUAAAUAAUGCACCGCGUGACGACGCUCCGUCGUCGCCGUGGGAUAUCCGGGCGCUCUCGGACGACGACGAGGACGACGAUUGUCGGUCUGGCGCGACGACGACGACGGCCACAACGACGUGUCGCCAGCGCGCCUAGCGAUAUAGCGAUGUCCGCGUAAUGACGACAUUCGACCCCAACGACGACGGGUACACCUUGGACGAAAGAGUUCUUUGUCCGCUCGCGCUCGAGGAUUAUGCGUGCAAUCGCCGCUCGUAUUGCGAUGUUCUGCCAGUAAAGAGAAUAUUUCUCUCUGGUGCAGAGCGGAGUCGGGUCGAGGCUGUUUGUACGCUUCUCGACGACACUCGGGGUAGAUAAAAUUAAUUUGGAGUAAAAGAUGUCUGCGGAAUCACCAAGACGAGGUGUGCAUAAAGGAGUUCAAGUUGUCUCACCUCAACCCAUAGUGGAUCGAUCGAUUAUUGAUAGUGUUGCUGGAAUCAUCAACGACAUUGUGCCACAGGGAUACGCUGGAGUAUCCAACUCCGAUAACAAGGAAACCAUAUCAUGGGCACGAUUUGAGUAUGCGGAUAUAAAUGACCCCGUUUUAUAUCCCGACUACAAUGAGGGUUCCAGUACACCACCAUUGUUAUUGGUGCUAGGAUAUGCGACUGGUGUUCAGGUAUGGCUGAUAGCAGCGACGGGAGAGGCAACAGAGGUCUUAUCAUGGCGGCAGGGCGUGGUUCGUACUCUUCGAAUUCUACCAAAUCCAAAGACUGACGACGAACACGUCGACCCAUUCGAAGCGAAACGGCCGAUGGUAGCCAUCUGCGAUUCCGCUGGUCCGGGACCACAAUUUUGCCACAUCAGUUUCAUCUCCUUAAAAACCAGCGAGCAAGUGAAAAGCAUAAAAUUCAAAAAUCCCGUCUGCGAUGUGUUAGCGAACAGGCGAUCCGUGGUUGUGACGUUCUUAGAAAAAAUUGCGGUCUUCGAUGCCAGAACAUUAGAGGAUGUUAUAACGAUCACCACUUGCUAUGCCAGCCCUGGCCCGAAUCCAAACCCCGUCGCUCUGGGAACACGAUGGCUUGCUUACAGCGAGAGAAAACUGUUACCCGCAAGAAGAAGCAGUGGCGGUUGCGAAGGCGAGGGUGUACAAAGUUACACGGCGACGGUUCUAUACGCGGCGAAGUCAUUGGGCAAGGGUCUUCGUGGACUCGGGGAGACUGUAGCCUCGAGUCUCACGGGGAACUCCGUUUCACCGAUGGCCGUCAACAGCACGGGCAACGACGUGACACAGCCGGGUGUCGUGACGAUAUUGGAUCUUCAAGCGGCGAAAGAGGAGAAAGAGCUAGACGAUGCGAAUAUAGAGACUGUAAUUGCUCAUUUUACUGCCCAUAGUGACGCGAUCGUUGCCAUGACGUUCGACUUAACCGGCGCGUUAUUAAUGACAGCGGACAGAAGAGGACAUGAUUUUCAUGUAUUCAGAAUUCAGCCGCAUCCCGGCGGCCCGACACUGGCGGCAGUGCAUCACCUGUAUAUUUUACAUCGUGGCGACACCACCGCGAAAGUACAGGACAUGGUGUUCUCGAGCGACACACGUUGGGCCGCAAUUUCCACCGUGAGAGGUACCACUCACGUUUUCCCUGUCGCUCCUUACGGUGGUCUCGUGGGCGUGAGGACGCAUUCUACGCCUCAUGUGGUCAACAGACUGUCGAGAUUCCACAAGAGCGCGGGCUUGACGGACGACGGCACUCGGUCUCAUUCGCCUGUGUCUCACGCGGAGCUACCUCUGUCCGUGUAUCCGUAUUCGAACCCUCGACUUCCACCGUACCCGCUUCCAACGAUACUGCAUCCUUUGUCGCAGAUACGGCAACCUUCAUCGCUGAAUCACGUCAACAGCUCCUCACAACCGAGCAGGCCGCAGCAGAGACAACGAUUACAUUCGGACGACAGCGGAACCUUGCCGUUGAAGAUUUGUGUGUGCUUCGCUCCCCCAAGAGCCUGGAUAUACGCGCAAAGGGAGUCCAGCAGCAAGGCUGUCAAGAGGGCUGUUGAUUCACUGUUCAUUAUGGCGUGUCACGGCAAUCUGAUACAGUACGACUUGGAACCUAAACCGGCUGCUGGAGUGCCAAAGGAAAAAGUUUGCGACGACACCAUGAUCGAGUUGGAAGUCGAGGCGAAGGGCCAGUGGCCGCUUUUGAGAAUACCCACCUCUUCGGAAAUUGCCCCACCGUUGCCUCUAUCCAAUCCGUUGCUCAGCGUUACGUUCGCGCCGAAGAACAGCCAGGAGCUCGACACAGCUGAGGAUCGCUGGUUGAGUCAAGUGGAGAUCGUGACGCACGCCGGACCGCACAGACGAUUGUGGAUGGGACCGCAGUUCGUGUUCAAGACUUACAACGCGCCAAGCGGUGUCUCCGUCAAUUUGGUCGAAGCGGAAGCGGUCGAGAUCGGAGUCACAUCCGGUGGGUCACGUCCGGCGAGGUCGAAGCCCGUCAAUAUGCCGCAUGCGUCCUCCAGACCCCUGAUGCCAGUCGUUAUUGACGGAUCCGGAAGCAGUUACGAGCAAUCGCCGAGGUUCAUGGAAGCUUACGGCGAUCCGUUGGACAGCGAGAACGUGGCCGUCGGUAGCUGCGAGAGUCAGCUGAGGGAAGAUCUUGCAGAAGCUAUGCUCGAGAUAUCCAUCGCGUCGCACCGUGCUCCAGGUAGGCGAUCGGUAUUUGAGAGGGUGGGUCAGCCGGUAACUAAAGUCGUCAACCCUCUUGGCACCGUGAUUACCGUGUCGGCCGACGAGGAGGACAAUGUUAGCAACUCCGGUCAGGAGUUGUUCGACUCCGCGGAGGAGAUACUCGCGCCGCCAGAGGUACCUAGAAGCGUGUGCGCUGAGGAGGGUCCGGCCUCGCUCGGCGACCUCGAGCCGCCGGAGUGCGGCCAGACGCUGCGCGAUCUCACCGAGAUCUGCGCGGAGAUGCGCUCGGCGAGCGAGCCGGCGAUCGACAGCGUACCCGACGAAAACAUACGCGAGCUGAGCGAGCGUAGGGCUCUCUGCGCGGAGAUGAGGACAGCGGCGACCGGGAGCGGCAGCGACGUCUCGUCGAUCGACUUUGAAAGGGAGGAGGCGUUUCGCGACGUACCGACGAGCCUGAGCCUGUGCGCCGAGCAAGGUGAGAUCCCGAAUAGUCCGAUGACGCGGGCCAAGGAGACCGUCUGGUACUGCAAGAAGUCGUCGUCGGGCAAGCGCGACGAUCACGAGGAGGCGCGCGAGAGGAACUUCGCCAAGGCUAAGUAUGUCGUCAACUAUGACGACGACAGUGUCACGUUGAUGGAGAACAGAACGGCGACCACGGCGGCGAUCACGAUGAUGCGCGAGAAGAACACGACCGACGAGGCGAGAGUAUUCGCGGAUGAGGAACAGCACGCGGUGGGACGAGGAGCGCUGAAGAAGUCCGCGAGGCGAACUGGCGUCGUGGAUCCCGAGAGAUCGUCGUCCAAGAAGUCCGGUUCGGCGGGCACGUCAUCAAACAGUUCGGACUCCACGCGGAAACGUCCAGUCGAGCAGCUGAGUCGUGUGGAGAAGUAUUUGGUGAAAGAGGACGAGGACAGCGUCAUCAUCGAGGACGUGAGACGCGGUGAGUCGAUGAAUGUUUGUGCGCGCAGGCAGAACAGAUUCGAUGAGAGAGCAAACGACGACUGCGUCGACGAAACGGAGGUUCUCUAUGUCGGGGAGACGAGUAAGAAGGGACCCGACCUUUCUCGUCGCAGAAUGACUGCGACCUUUUCCUGGCACAAAAACAAGACCAAGACCGGUAUCGUGUCGCAAGAUUCUUGCUCCGGCAAGGACGGCGGGGUAUCGUGCGAGGUCAAGAAAAGCGAGCGCACGAAGGAAGAGUCCUCGACGAGCGACGGAGUGAGGGAGAAGGCUAAAGCCACGGAAGCGAGAGCGAGAGUGCGGAUGUUGAGCGACGACGACGACGACGACGAUGACGAGUUACCGCCGUUGGAUCCUCCUCCCCUGGAUGACUUUAGCUCCAUCGAGUACCACAUGGUGGCGGAAGCCGGCGGUUGUCCAGCUGGCAAGGACGCCGCCGCUUCCUCCACCCAGUCGGACGACGACAUCGAGCACAUCCAUAUGGAUUCCGAGAUGAUGCAGCUGCGCGAACGCGCGGAGACCAGCGAUCGUGUCUGCGCAGACCCGACGUCCGGGUCGUCGCGCGGCCAGGAACUGUCCCCUGUGGCGCACCAAAGGAAGAGCAGCAAGAGCACUAUCUCGGACGACGACCUGGAGUACAUACACAGCUCCGAGCUUGGCGAUGCUCCUGAGCGUACGGACGCCAAGUCCUCCAGGAAGGUGGACGGGGUCGGAAACGAUGGUGGCUCGCGCAUGGCAGGUCGCAGACACAGCAAGCACGCGUUAUCCUCCGACGACGACUUGGAGCAUGUGCAGCAUUCCGAGAUCCGCGAGCUGGAGCGCGCAUCGCAGAAGUCGCUAACAAUGAUCGCCGCCGUGGAGAAGAGCUUGACGAGGCAGCAGGAGCUGCCGUCGAUGGCGGAGCAGCAGGCAGCUGCUCCGAAGCCGUCCAAGUCGAGCAAGAGGCGGAAGGAUAUCAUGGUGAUCGACAGUGAAGCCGCGGAGGCCGCGGCACAGAUCACCGUGAUCUAUAAUCCUUUGGAGGAGGUCUGCGACGCUAAAUGUGGCACGGAGCACAAACAGGAAGCAACGUACCCGGUGAGUCCCACAAGGAAGGCCAAGAGUCGCGGCGCCUCGAGAACCUCGAGCUCCUUCUCUGCAUCAUCAUCGUUAUCGUCGUCGUUGCCAGGCAAGCGUGCUCCUCAGUCGACGGCGGGUGCUGUUGAAAUCAUCGAUAUCGACGCGAUAGAGAAAGCCGAGAAGAUGUGCGCGGUGACGGCGGCGGCGGCGGCGGCGGCGGCGGCGGACACCCCCAAGUGCAAGAUACUGCCGCUGUUGCCGAAGGCCAUCGUCGCCGGCGCGCGCACCAAAAAGUCACGCAAGAGCAAAAAGUGGCACGCGGACAGCCAGUCGUCGCAGGACAGCGCGGCGGACUCGUCGUUCCACUCGUCCAAGGUGAAGAUGGUCGAGCUUCAGGAAGCCGUGGAGGAGGAGGUGCUGGUGGCCGACUCCAAGUGGCGGGAGCCGAGAGCACAGGAGAUAUCCUGGAGCUCGAUCGUCAAGAAGAACGUCUCCUCGCUGUCAGACGCGAAGGAGCUCGACUUGGAGCCGCUGAUGGAGGUGGAGGAGAGGUCGUCGGACAACUGCGGCCUGGACCUCUCGUCCGAGUCGGCUGUUCGCACGACGUCACGCGGACGCCAGAACUCUCGACGUGCUUCUGCGCCUAAGGAGGAAGAGGAAGAGGAGGAGGACGAAGAAGGGGAAGAGGAGGAAGAGGAGCUCGGUGUAGAGGAGAACAACGUCGACCCGACGACAACGACAGCGGCGGCGGCGGCGACUGUGGUGACGCUGACGCUGAACGACAGUAUCCUCAUAGACCUUCUCGGGCCGGCGAUGUUUGAAGACAACGACGACGCCGCGCGCACAAACCCGCCGCGCAGAAUCAAGUAUCACGACGCCGUGGCUGCGACGGCGACGAAGACGAUGGAGGAUGGUGGUCCUCCUGUCUCGGCGGAAGUAGUAGCCGAGCGGCGGCGACGUCAACGAUUCGUUGACGACGACGAUGACGACUAUAGCGGCGGCGGCGACGGCGACGACGACGACGAUGCCGAAACACGUCGAGGUAACGCAGCCGUGAGAGGAGGAGAAUCGCAAGAAUCUUGUUUGCAGCUCGCCGCGGCGCGCCGUCGACGGCGACAGGCGGAAAAGAGCCGCGCGUCCGCCGAGCGGGACGCGCCUCCGGAUGCGGCUCGGAACGCGGCCAGAGCCGAGCUCGAGUCCACCACCGACAAGCGUAGCGACUCGGAAGAGCGUGGCGAGCGGCUGUCGUCCGGCCGCUACUCGAUCUGGUCGGACGAGCUGAUCGACGACACGACGCACGUCGUGCCCGACACCGACGGGGAUCACGACGCCGGCAAUCGCGGCAUCGUCUGGUCCGACGAGCACGACGACAACAACGCCUGCUGCACGCAGCAGGACGCCGCGAGAAGAAACGGCAACGGGACCUUCUGGACUCGCACGUACAUCCACUCGAUGAAUAUCCACAGGAAAGCCUACAACAGCCGGUCCAAGAAGAAAAAGCGCAGAUGAGUAGAGGAUUGCGUGGACGUGCCUGGGGCCAGCCUUGCCCUUUACAUACUGCUGAUGCAAGUCACGGGGGUGGAUUAGCGUUCUGAACGAUUAGCGAGGGAAUUCGUCGAGAUCGUGCUCGGUCGUUCUUCUCUCCUCUCUGUAGAUGAAUGUAGACCUCGAAGGGUACCCACCGUGCUAGCGAACGAACGAUAGGCAGGUAGAUAAGUAGAUAGAUCGUUCAUUCGUUUGUUGAUUCGUUCGUUCGUUCGUUCGUUCGUUCGUUCGUUCGUUUGUGCGAUCGGUGCCGAUCGGCGUGUGUUUCGCUACAAUGACGACGACCGUCUCUCUCUCUUCUCCCGUUCUCUCUCUGAGUCGAGAGUCCGCUUCUCUUCGUUUCCGCGUCCGAUCAGUAGUAGACAGUUACCUGCUGCACAAGAGCAGAUAUACACACACACACACACACACAUACACACAUCACGUUUUCACGGGCAAGGCUGUGCUUUGGCGAACAUUAGAAGAGAGCUUUGUUGUUAGAACUUUGAACUCGUUAGCUCUAGACAAGCUGAUAGAAUUAACGAGGAGAGCUCUUUGAACACUGGACCCUUUGCUAGUUCGACGUCUAGGCAACUCCCACGUAGCAAUUUCGAUUUGACUGCCUUAGGUUGUAAUGAGGAAGUAAUAAGUUUGAAUCUUCUCCUUCUCUUCGUCUCUAUCUCUUUCUCUGUUUACUUGUGGCGCAAAGGAUAAAAGAAAAGAAAACGACGAGUGCGCAUAUACCGUUUCGCCCACUGUCGUCGAUCCUGUCGUGCUGUUCGGUGCAGUUCACGAUCCAUGGCGAAUAAUUGGGUCAUCAAGGUGUUCAUUUGCGGGGCUAAUCUUCGCCGCUGUCGAGCGGAACCGUUUUUGCGCGCGCGCGCAAUAGGCCAUACUUCUUUGUCGUACAAUGUGUCUCAUUAAGCUCAUCCAGCUCUCGUAUUCACACACUCACACCGUCACGGGGAUAUGCUUUCUGUGAAAGCCAGGCAACGUAAACCAGCGUCCGAAUAUUUCACGGUCACAUUCUUGUCGCGCGUACACUGUCCGAAUAAUAGGGGCGUAAUUUGGUGUACGCGAUAUCACAGUUCGCCGAGAUCCGCUUGUCUCUCUCUUUUUCUCCCUCUUUUUCUCUCUGAUCGUGAUCGGUCGUGAAAAGCGAGAGAAACAGCGUCACCGCUCACGUUGAAUGCGGUCGAUCGUUUCCGUUCUCGAUUAGGAACAUCCUCCUAACUUCGUCAGGCGCAGGUUCUCGUCACACGCAAACAUGUUACACAUGAAAUCAAAACUGCACUGGUUGCAGCGAAAGUAUCUUUAGUUGACGGGAGAUGCUGGAUACUGACUUGUGACGCAGUUUCGUACUUUGCAUCAUUUUUGCGUAUAGACAGGGUGGGGGUUAGGUAGUUUUUUUUUUUUAACUAAAUUGUGUCUAGUUGUCUGUGGUCUUUAAAUUAACUUAGGUCACGUGAAAAAUUAUGUUAAAAGUUGCGCAAACGAAAGUCAAUGAAAAGUCAAGUGGACGUUAAAUCAACUUAUUGAAGUUAAAAGUUAGCUAUACAAAACAAUACUCAUACAGCACAAAUCUCCAAAAGACGUUCUAAAGACUUUCUAAGGGCAUUCAUACAUCCUAAAAACAUUCACAAACUAUCAAAAACAAAAGAAUUUUUAUCUACAAAAUCUACUUUUGUUUAUACAAUAUUUGGUGUCUUCCAUGGAUUGACAUUAUAUUUUCACAGUGUAAGAGCAUCUACAAUUCUAUGCAAUUACAUAGAAAAACAGUGUAAACUGCGGAACUAUAUUGUGUCAGUAUACAGCAUCCCUUUAAAGAAGUAUUUUCUUGUUUUCCGUACGCGCAUCAUAUAAUUAUACUUUCUCUCUCUUUCUCGAAAGUUUCUCGAGACCUCGAGAAUUGAUUUAACGACGAUUUCGCAGAUUGACAUUCACAUACCUCAAAGCAGUACCUUAGAAACGACCAGAUCGAGUGGCGUUUCUGUUCUAGCGAAGUAUUUCCGAAUUUUGACGUUCGGCCACGACAAAUAAUAAGUGUUUUAACAAUAACAAAAGUAAUGUCAGACGGAUGAUUUCAAUGGACACGUUGUAAUGUACACGUGCGAAUAUGCACUUCACUAAAGAGGUGUGAAGAGAUUGUCGUUGUAUAAUUGACCGAGCGAUUAAGGAGUUUAUUCACCAGUAUUGCAUUACGACACGUCCUUUUUUAGGAAAAUUUUACGGGAAAUCCAUAAUGUAUGUAACGUGAAUUGUAGAUUUUCAGUAAAAUUCUUUUCAAACAGGACGUUUCGGAUUGCAAUCCAGGCGUACAUUUUCACUGACGUAUCAUCAGUGGUGCGUUCGAGGAGCUCGCUAUUAACGCUAUUUAGUGUUACCGUAUCAUUCUAUCCUUGUAUAUCUAAAGGGUGAUAAAAAUAAAAAAGAUGCGAUAGUGUUGGUAGACGAUGGCUGCACUGCAGACAGUUAUCGAUUCUUUGUCUGGAGUUCGAUGCGUAUCUCACGGAUACUCGCGUUAGUAUCAGAUGGCAAUCGUUGUAUUGCCACGGAGCCAGAGAAUGCAAAUGACGAGAAGUUCACUGUUGUGUCUUUGAGCGAUUUGGCUUGAGUUGAAGCACUCGACACCGCAUUAAUAAACGUGAAGUUAAAGCCUCACGCUGUUAGCUGGCUGUUCCUCGAAGCCAGCUAACCUCGGUCACUCCAACCUCAAAGACCGAGUUUUUAGCUUCUAUUUUAUUGCCGAGGACUUUUUCAGAUCAAUAGAGUUUUCAUUGAGAGUGAUGUUUGGUUGUUGGAGUGAUGAAAUGUAAGGUCUGGCAAGAGUGACUGACUGACGGUUCUUUCGACUGUCUUUCGCUUAAACAAGGAAUUUUCUUGUAUAAAUUGCGCGUUUCAAGGUUGAUGAGAUCGUAGUAUCCCUCGUGGCUUUGAGCGACGAUCGUAGAUUUAGAAAUCUAGAGUACAAUUCUUCCCCAUUGGUUAUUUCUACUCUCUUGAAAAGUCACUGAUAUCAGUUAUAAUUAUAGCACUGAGCAGUUUCAGUUUAACUGCAAAUCAGUGUACAUUCACUGCUUUCAAUGAUGUUUCAUUGAUUCAUUUUAAGAGAGUACGUUUCCAAAGAUGUGAUUGCAUCAUUAUUGGUUCAAGAAUGUAAAAGCUUGUGUUCUGAACAAUAUUGAAAAGAGUAUGCUCGGCCGUGAGUUCAUGUUCGUUCUUCAACUUGAUGGACAAUCGACAAAAAGCGGUUUCGUAGUUUUCUCUUUUCUUCUAAUUGGAUGCAUCAGAUUGAAAACACUUUUGAAACAGAAUGAAAGUACAAAUGUUUAUAAGUGGCUGAUGCUAAAUAAUUACAUGAAUUCGAUAAAAAAAACUUUUUUUAUCAUCAGUUGGUAAAUAAAAAUUUUUUCUGUUUCAUGCAACUGUUUAGCAUCAGCUAUUUAUUAAUGUUUGUAUUUUUACUCUAUGAAAGCAUUUUAAACUUGAUGCACCUAAUUAGAAGAAAAGCUACAAAACUGUGUUAUAUCGAUAUCCAGCAUCGCUCUAAUCCGGAUAGAAAUAAAAAGUUUUUAGAGCUUUAUGCUAUAAGGCUUAUAAUUUCUGAUAAAAAGCGUUUUUUGCACUGGAGCGUUCUUCAACAAUUGGAAUCUGGCCAAUUCGUUUAAAGCUUAGGGAUUAUGACUUCAGGCAGCAACAGAAAACGUUUGUAGUCGAAAAUUACAUAGUUUCAAGCUGAGAGUAUAAGGUUCUAAAGAUUCUAAAGGUUCUAAAGGACUACUAUACUUCUUGUAGACUCGGACUUAAGCGUUUAGUUUAAGUGAAUAAACUCCUUAACGCUGACUGCUUUGCGCUUCGAUGGCUUCUCCCGUCGAAGUGAAACGUAUUGUCUUUGUUUCGCUGAAUUAAUUGGCGCCUCGUUCGCGCGCGAUCAGAAGCUCUCCGUCCCGAAACCGGGCGGUCCUUUAUUACUCAGAGAAUCGUAUUAAACGUUCGUAUUGUAGUUAUUUAUUUUCGAGCAGAUUUUAGGAAGGCCGAAAAGUAUGUACGCGCUGCGCAGACAAGUAUUCUUCCUUGACGCAUCCUCUCCGCGGGAAAAAUAUUUUUUAUUUUGCCCUUUCUGCGAUGACUGAUGCGAGCCAAAUGAGAUCUUCGUUGCGAAUCACGCUGAAGAAGCAAUUGUACGUCGUACAAUAUGCUUGUUUCUCCACUUACUUCUGUUUUCUCCUGCUUUCUUCUGUUCACACAGAAAUUUCGUAUUGUUUUCUUUGUUUUAAGACAGCCAAUGUUUUUUGUUGUAUCAGCUAAUCGUGCAAAGAAGCCAUCAUACUUUUCUGUCAAUUCGUUUUAGGUGAAAAAUGUCAAGGGAAAAGACGUUGUCCUGUUGAUAGUUUGUGUCACUUAGGAAUUAAGAUAGUUUAAGAAACAGAACUGUAUACACACAUCAAACUUUCACACUUUCGGACGUAAUCACAUCGGGGAGGUUCUCUUGGUCUUAGCUGACAGCUUCUUACUUUCUCCACUUUGUUCUUUCGCUCUUCUCCGCAAUCGGUAGCGUCAUCCUUCUCUCUAGUCCCUCUCUAUUUCUUCUUGCUCUUUCGUAUUUUCGCUAUGCAUACAUCAGGAGAGGAAGCUGAUCGAACGAACAAAGUUGAUCAGUCUGCCCGCUCGAACGAAUGAAGGAUUCUGAGCGGGAGAAAGUGGCCUAAAGCUUUAUAAUACGCGCAACUUUCAAUUCGCACUUGUUUCGUGGUUAUUUAUUGUAUUCAUUUGCGUUUGUGUCUGAUGCACAAACCUUGCAAAUUGCAAAUUCGAUCCACUCUCGCUCUGAACACUUCGAGUAUCAAGUCGAUGGAACGUAAUAGGCGUUGACUGAAUGGCAAAUUCGUGCAGUUGUGUAUUAGCGAGAUAAAACGACAGCUGAGCAUAUUAGUUAUAUAAUUUACAGUAACUACGAGUAAGUUUUUUGAUUAGUAAUCGUGAAGUUAAUCAUAAUAAAUUAGCUGUACGAAAUUUGCCCGAUCGACGUGAUCCGUUCAAUGCCGGCGGACUUGUUCGUUCAGUUGAUUCUCCCGACAAGGAAACGUCAAAAAAAAUGGCCUAUACAGGCAUGUGCUUAGCGUGCAAAUUUCCUUUCCGGAUGUUACAUCGCGCGAAGGAUACAACAAAGCCGAAGGAAAACAAACAAAAAAAAAAA